AUGGCCGACAGACCACCGGAUCAGGUGGCCCCUGCUCGGCUACGAUCAUUAGAAGAAGUUUACCUGGAUGGGCCCAGUAAACAAAGUGAAGCACUUUCAUUUGAAACAUUAAUCGAUUCUCUUAUUUGCCUUUACGAUGAAUGUUGCAACAGCACGUUACGGAAGGAAAAAUGUAUUGCAGAGUUUGUCGAAACCGUAAAAUCAGUUAUCAAUAAAGCCAAAGCAUUGCGGUUAUGUAAAGAUGACUUUGAAGUUUUGAAGGUAAUCGGAAAAGGUGCAUUCGGUGAAGUUGCUCUUGUUCGAUUACGCGGUGUUGGAGAGAUUUAUGCUAUGAAAAUAUUGAACAAAUGGGAAAUGGUGAAGCGUGCUGAGACCGCUUGCUUCCGGGAAGAGCGUGAUGUUUUGGUGUACGGUGAUCGGAGGUGGAUCACGAACUUGCAUUAUGCAUUUCAGGAUGAAAAGAAUCUGUAUUUCGUUAUGGAUUACUAUAUCGGCGGUGAUAUGUUGACAUUACUCUCGAAAUUUGUUGACCACAUUCCGGAGUCAAUGGCAAAAUUUUACAUUGCCGAAAUGGUUUUAGCAAUUGAUUCUCUUCAUAAGCUAGGAUACGUUCAUAGAGAUGUUAAACCUGAUAACGUUCUUCUCGAUCGCCAAGGUCAUAUUCGACUAGCUGAUUUUGGAAGUUGUUUACGUCUUCUACCUGAUGGAUCUGUUGCUUCAAAUGUAGCUGUUGGAACUCCGGAUUAUAUAUCACCGGAAAUUCUUCGGGCUAUGGAAGAUGGAAAGGGGCGUUAUGGUAAAGAAUGUGAUUGGUGGUCGCUUGGCAUCUGUAUGUAUGAAAUGCUCUAUGGAACUACACCAUUUUAUUCGGAACGUCUCGUCGAUACAUACGGAAAAAUCAUGAGCCAUCAAGAUAUGCUUGACUUUCCGGACGAUGAAAUCGACUGGACUGUCACAGAAGAAGCUAAAGAUUUAAUACGUCAACUUAUUUGUCCAAGAGAAGUUCGGUUUGGAAGAAACGGAUUAGAUGACUUCAGGAAGCAUCCAUUUUUUGAAGGAAUAUGCUGGGAAACGAUAAGAGAUUCGUCUCCUCCAUACAAACCGGAAGUGUCAAGUCCGGAAGAUACUUCCAAUUUCGACAUUGAAAUUGACGCAAACGAUUGUACUCAUGAAGCACAACCUCCUCGAGUUCUUGCCGCUUUUACGGGGAACCAUCUUCCGUUUGUUGGAUUUACUUAUACACAUGGAAGCUUACUCUCUGAUGCUCGAUCUUUGCGGGACGAAAUUCGGCAAAUUCAAUCGUCUCCUUCCGAUGUUACCGAAAUAGCAUUAAAAGAACUUGAGAACGAAAAGAUGGAGCUCUUAAGGAAACUUAAAGAUGCUCACGAUAUUAUUACUCAACGUUCUGCAGAAACCGCGAAAACGGAAGAAGAUCGAAAUUACGAGGCGAUAAUUGCGCAAUUAAGAGACGAAAUUCAAAUUCUUAACAAAAGACUCGAAGACGAACAAUCGACACCUCAGCAGAAGCCGAAAGAUAUUGAAGAGCUCGAUAAGAAAGCGAAAGAAUUGAAGGAGAAAAACAGGCAAUUGAUAUUGGAAAAGACGGAGCUUCAAAGGGAAAUUGAUACAUCGAUUGACACGAUAAGCCAGUUAACCUCCGAAAAAGCUUCUGCCUUGAAAGAACGUGACGAUGCUCAGAACGAAUUGAAAGAAAUUAGCGAGGCUCUUCUUAAUGAACGAAAUUAUGGACGAAAGCUUAUUGAAGAGAAAAAAUCUUUGGAGGAGACAAUUCAUGAUUUGGAAGAAAAAAUUCAAGAAUUUGAUGCAGAAAACAGGGCAUUGAAGAAGAAGCAAGAAGAAGUCGUUGUCGAAGUAAAGAAAUCUGAAGAAAGAGCGCAUAGCGCUGAAAACUUGUCUGAAGAUUUGUCUGCAGCGAAGUCUGACAUUGCUAAUCUUCAAAAGCUCCACGAAGAAAAGGAAGCUGAAAUCAAGAAACUAAAAGCCAAAUUUGAAGAAGAACGUGUAAAAAUGAGCUCAGCAGCCGAGCAGGAACUCAAAUCGCUAGAGUCUCAUUAUGAACGAGCACAGAAAAUGCUUCAAGACAAUGUCGCUCAGCUUAAUGUUGAGAAUCAAGGUCUUCGCGAUGAAAUUGCAAAGCUUUCUCAGCAAUUGGCUGCUAUACCUCGUGGAACGCUAACCGAACAGCAACUUCUCGAGUUGUUCAAUUGGGUGAAUGAAGAGAAGGCAACACGCGAAGAGAUGGAAAACCUGACAAGGAAGAUAACAGGGGAUGUGGAAUCGCUGAAGAACAACUCGCCUUUAGCUGCAUGCAACUAUCAAAGCACACCAAGUGGAUGGGGAUCUCGUAGAAGUCACAAUGUUGCUCGCAAGGAUGGUUUGGAUUUGCAACGACAACUCCAAGCGGAAAUUGAUGCAAAGCUGAAAUUGAAACUCGAGCUCAAAUCAACGAGAGAGCAGUUUUUGACAGCGACCGCGCGAUUGGAGGAUACUGAAAAGCGGCUUUCGUCAGUGAUGAGAGAAGUUGCGAUGCUAAAAGCGAAAAAUGAAUCUGCCAUUAAUGCUUCCGAAACAGCGCUAUCAUCCACAAUCACUCGAGAUUUAAUGAUAUCAAGUAUGAAUAACGAAUACGAAAUUUCAAAUAGCUCCCUAUUGCGACAAGAACAACUUUCUCGUGCUUCUCAAGCUCCAUCCUAUGAGAAUGCAAUUCCAUUAAGUUCUGACAUAUCUCGACGUCAUGGAGGCGAAGAUGCGCGCUACAUGCGGCCAAAGCAAGUUAUGAAGGCUCCAACACCAUCUUUUGGUGAGCGGGGACACAAUUUCGAACGAUCGAAGAUCAAGACCCCAACGAAAUGUGGACAUUGCACUUCAAUUUUAAUUGGUCUUGAUCGUCAGGGUUACUUCUGCCAAAGCUGUCAGUACGCUUGCCACGUGUCAUGUGCUGAAAGGGUAUCACCGUCAUGUCCGGUUCCUGAAGAAGAUCGAAGACCGUUGGGAAUAGAUCCAACGCGUGGAGUUGGAACUGCUUAUGAAGGAAUGGUGAGAACGCCAAGAAGUGGAGGUGUUCGAAAGGGUUGGCAAUUCGCAUACGUUGUCGUUUGUGAUUUUAAACUCUAUCUUUAUGAUUGUACUGUCGAUCGGCAAAACAAAAUGCAAGAUGUAAAGAAUGAAAUUCGUCUUGUACUUGACAUGCGCGAUCCUGAUUUCACCGUUUGUGGUGUCAGCGAGGCCGAUGUCAUUCAUGCUCAAAAAACAGAUAUUUCGAAAAUUUUCCGAGUCACAACAACCCAAAUAUUGAACUCCUCAUCGGAAUACGUGUCUUCGUCAAAGUUCUAUACACUUUUCAUGGCAGAGACUGAAGAAGAAAAGAGGAAAUGGGUUGUGGCACUGAGUGAAUUGAAGACGUUACUUCGGCGAUCAAAACUUGCUGAUAGAAGAGCAUUUGCUGUGAAGGAAGCUUUCGAUGUAACAACAUUACCGUCAAUUCGGGUUGCUCAAUGCUGUGCGAUUAUCGAUCGAUCGAAGACCGUCAUAGGUUUUGCUGACCAUGGUCUUUUCUGUGUCGACCUUAGUCGCCAGAUUCUCAUACCUGUCGGUGGGGAAAAGGAAAACAAACAAAGAUGUGUGGAACUUGUGGAGUACGAUGAACAAGAGCAACUUCUCAUGAUGAUGGUUGGACCAAGCAAAGAUCGACAUAUUCGGAUAGUACCCAGUGCGGCAUUGGACGGAAGAGACUUGAAAUGGAUCAAAGUCAAUGAAACAAAAGGAUGCCACCUUUUGGCCGUCUCGGCGGCGCAUCCAUCAAAUUCGUCGAAAGUUGGAUUCUUUGCGGUGGCAAUGAAGAAGAGUGUUGUCAUUUUCCAAAUCGAUCGAUCUGAAAAACGACACAAAAAGUGGAAGGAGCUUGCAAUGCCUGGAACCCCUCAAAGUAUAUGCAUCCUGAACGGAAAGCUAUUUGUCGGUUUCCCUCACGGUUUCCGAGCGUGGUCUUUGACAACAUCUGAAGGACUUCAUAAUUCGUCUUCAGAUUUGCAAAAUGGGGCAAUUCUGCAGCAUACUACUCUUGUGAAUAUGGAGGACACAAGUCUUCAGUUCCUCAGCCAACAAGCAUCUUAUGAAGCAAAGCUUAUUGUCAAUGUGCCUGGAUCGCCUGAAGAAUAUCUGCUCGUGUUCAACAUGCUUGGGCUAUACGUGAACGAACAUGGAAUGCGUUCGAGAAUGCCGGAAAUUAUGUUCCCCGGUGUUGCGAAAGCAUUCUCGUAUCAUGAGCCAUAUCUGUGUGUUUAUUUGGAAAAUGAGAUUGAUGUAUUUAACGUAAUUCUUGCGGAAUGGGUGCAGACAAUCAAUUUGAGGUAA